AUGGCUCGAUACAGUACCCCACAACCUGACGACAUUGAGGAACAGUUUCUGUUUGAGCCUGCCGAAGCUUCAGAGGGACAUAGUGCUCCAAGGCGAGACGACUGUAAGGAGAGGGAACAGGUUACAGUACGCACAAGUGACAGAGAAGAGUUGAUCCAGUGCAUCAAGCGAGGCCAAAGGACAACAUGGGUACCCAAACCAGGGCUGGAAGCUCUCUGUGCCGAGGUCGCUUCGACUCUGCCACAAUCGAAUAAUCCCAAUACUGGUCACGUCCAAGACGCUGGGCAAGAAACCGACGUGGACAGGACACAGCCAACUCUGUCAAUCGCGACUUACGCCCUGCGACGUUCCCUAUCUGUUCUCCGCACCAGUGAUCUUACUGAGGACUGUGAUGUGGAUCCGACGGUCCCUGAUACACAUGCAGAGACGUCGAUGCCAUGGAAUCAGAAUUAUCAACCGCACUUCGACAGGUCUCACCCAUUCUGGCAGGCAGACUCUCCGGCUACAUCAAGCCUCCAACAACAACAGGGUUCCCCAACAGAUAUGCUCAGAAGAGCUCGAGCACCUUCGUUAGGGAGCGGCUUGUCCUCGAGUUUCGUUAUGAGAAUCCCUACGAGUCCACUUGUCCACGCGAUCAACAAUCCUACACUGGACUUCUCCCCGAAAGAUUCGCCACGUCUCUCGACAGGCAAAACUGCAAGGAGGAGGACUAUGCCUCCCAACGUGUUCGAAUCGUUACGUAUGUCUCCGGCCGAGCCUGCUGCACCUAGUUUCAGUCGGCCGUCACCGCACGGUCAGGGCCUGAGAGAUAGUGGCGGUUCAUUCUCUCCAGGGCACCGAAUGCGGCGAUCUUUGAGCUCUUUCACCUACCAGCCGGCUACCCCGCCUCAGAUACCUCCCUGGACGAGGCAGCGUCGAACUUCACUGGCGGCAGACAUGUCACCUCGGCAGCGUGCUUCAAUGGUUGGUUCUUUCGAAGAGUCUAUUCUGCGAGGUAGGAUGUCCACACCUGCCUCGAAACCCCUUGACUUCGUCGCCCAGAUCGGAGUUAUGGGCAAGGGUGACUGCCCAGCCAGAUUGAAGUGUCCUGCUCAUGUAACUGUUACAUUUCCGGCUGUGUUCUAUAACUAUCCCUCCGCCAAUUCGUCUAGAUCAAUAUCGGACGACAAUCCCAGUCCGUACGUGGGCAGUAUUGACCUAGAGCGCAACUUGAAAGCUUCGGAGCCUCGUCGACGUUCCCAGCGCUCUCAAGCAAGCCUCAAUCCUGAAGAGUUAGCUGCAGAGAUCACCAAACCUGAGAAUACAGCCAUUGGGAGAGCGCUGGCCAAGGAAACACGGGAUCGGCAAGAGAAGAAUCUUGUCUCGCAGCGCAAAAUCCCUCCUGGUGGGGCGUACCGGGUGCCUCAGAAAGGACAACUUCAGGUCAUCAUCAAAAAUCCCAACAAGACAGCAGUGAAACUGUUCUUGGUACCUUACGACCUGGAAGAUAUGCUUCCCGGAACGAAAACGUUUGUUCGGCAGAGGAGUUAUUCAACCGGCCCCAUCUUGGAAGCUGCAACACUGGAGAAACAGGCCGCCUUAGCUGCUCUCGACCCUCUUAGUGCCAAAGACAUACUUCGCUAUCUUAUCCAUAUCAAGUUUUGCUGUACAGCAAAAGGCUAUUUCUACCUCUACGACACUAUUCGUGUGGUCUUCGCAAAUCGGGCGCCCGACGGCACAGAGAAGCUUCGCAACGAGGUUCAACUACCAGACCCCAGGUUCAGUCCAUACAAGCCUACCACUGGGAGUCAUUCUCGAAGUCCUAGCAUCCCAGAUGAAAAGGUCUCCUCUUUCUCUAUGGUCUCGGUCACUCCGGACUUUGAGUAUCUGGAUGACAUGACAGGGUCUGGCGCGAUGAAAGACGACUUGAAAGCAACACGAGAGUCGUCACCUACCCCGGUUCACCUCUACACCUCUCCCAUAUACCAGAGUGACACGACGAAAGUUACCGAAAAUGCACAUGCCAAGGAGUUAGAGGAAGCCCUAGUUGAGGGAACCGUCUCUCCUACUCCUGGCUUCCUGCCGUCGACCUCUUCUCGUAGCUCUCCCGUGCCUUGGCCAUCGUCGAAUUCGCCUUCCCUCGCACGAGGCUUUUCUCCCGCACCGGUCGAAGCGGGACACGGCCUGCUCUCGCGCAAGCUCAAGGAACUGAACGGUGUUAUGGAAAAACCCUUUGACUAG